AUGGUACCUGAAGGAAGCUCGGUUUAUUGCACGCUCCUAUUGAGCGAUCAUUAUUUGCCUGGUGCUACGGUUCUCGCCCAUUCAUUGCGGGACAAUGGCACAAAGGCCAAGCUCGUUGCUCUCUACACACCUGACACCUUGCAGUAUGCCACUAUCAAGGAGCUCCAGUCGGUGUACGACGAGAUCAUACCCGUACAAACAGCAACGAAUCAUACUCCGGCGAAUCUAUGGCUGAUGGAUCGUCCGGAUCUGAUCUCAACGUUCACCAAGAUCGAACUCUGGCGACAAACGCAAUUCAAAAAAAUAGUAUACAUUGACUGCGAUGUCGUGGCUGUAAGGGCUCCGGAUGAACUCUUGACAUUGGAGGAGGAUUUCGCGGCCGCGCCUGAUGUUGGCUGGCCAGAUAUUUUCAAUAGCGGUGUCAUGGUCCUUCGGCCCAACUUGCAGGAUUACUAUGCGCUUAAGGCGCUCGCUGAGAGGGGCAUUAGCUUUGACGGCGCGGACCAAGGGCUGCUGAACAUGCAUUUUCGCAAUUGGCAUAGGCUGAGCUUCACGUAUAACUGUACUCCCAGCGCCAAUUACCAGUACAUCCCUGCCUAUAAGCAUUUCCAGAGCACCAUUAGCCUGAUUCACUUCAUUGGAGCUCAGAAGCCCUGGAACUUGCCUAGACAAGUGUUGCCUGUGGAGUCACCAUAUAAUCAGUUGCUGGGGAGGUGGUGGGCCAUUUACGAUAGGCAUUAUCGCCCUGUUGUAACGGUGCCCCUCCACUCCCUGCCGAGUAGGUUUGUCACGGUAGAGAGUGACAUAAAUACCUACCCGCAAGAGACUGUACCGCAACCGCCUCGCUUGCAGAUUUCACAUCCCCCUGGGGAGGCUAGUUCCUAUGGGCAAGUCUUAGAAAUACAGCAUGAUCAACACGUGAUCAGCUCUUCUGAGCAAGCGUUAGGAACGCAUUCUGAAACUUUAUUCAAAUCUGAAUCGUCACCACUACAACCACAUACAGUAUGUAGUCAUAGCCACGCCCAGGUCGAACAGGCUCCUCACGAGGAAGGCUUCUAUGACCAGAGCGGUACUCCUCAUGGGCAGGAGGGGUCGAAGGUGGACCACGCGCAAGCGGUACCAGAGGAACAUCAUCCGAUUCAGAGUGAAGCAGCACCGGUCAGAAGUGCAGUCCCACAGUAUGUUCGAGGGGAAGAACACGUAUCCGCCUAUGUGCUGCCGCACUCCAGCCAACCAGCGUUUACAAUACAGAGCGAACAGCCUACUCACCAGGCUAGCAGCGCUCCACCCCCUUCGUCAGAACCUUCGGCUGUGAAUGAGGUCCAUCACGCACAUCUAGAGCCAGUUGUCGUUGAAAACCAAGAGAAACCUACGGUACUGUCCGCCCCGCUAGUCGAGGUCGAAACCUUUGAAGCGCCCAAGGCCGAAUGGGAUGCAGCUCGGGAACCGCCUCCUUUGAACAGCAAGCCGGAAGGUUUUGCAUUGGCUGAAAGGACUUAUACCAUGUCGGAAGAUCAACGACUCUUUCAACCGCCGGCAUCUUAUCCCGAGGCUCCGAAGAACAUGUGGUACCAGGUCCCCGACACAAAACCGGAGCCAGAAAAAGUUAAGCAAAUAUUCCCUUGGGAAACUCGUGCACCCAGGCCCACGCGCGUUUUUCUGGAGGACCAGCCGAGUACAGUCUCUAUGGAGUCAGCAUCGGCAUCCACCAGAGAAGAAUACAAGUCCUCCGUAGGGUCAGGGACCUCAUGGACAGCUGAAGAGCCAUCUACCGCUACAUGGGAGACCUAUUCCCGUUCAAAUGCAUGGGACGAAGUGCCAGAGAUACACAAGUACAUCCAAUCCAUUCAACAUGGCAGAAAAGCCAAAGUGCAAGUGAUAUCCGGUGGUCCCAGUCCGGGAACCGAGGCCUCCAGCUGGCGAACUACCGAUCAUGGACCCAUGGGCAUGCGAGUCACAGAUUUCCCCACGGAGGUAGAACGCCCCAGCCUUCCCGUGACGCCAGCGCCCAUCAGGCGAUCCUUUGGUCAAGCCUCGGGAGACGAAACUACCGAUGAACAGUUGCCGAUCGCGGAAGGCGUAUCAAAACAGGAGGACUGGAAUCCAUUAGCACGCCUCGAAGAGCUUUGCCGGCGACAGUCCGAAGUCUUGGAGAACGCCGAUUUAUUACCUAGGCUUGUCUGA